AUUAUGCCCUGCAGAUUGAAGUAAAUUGGUGUAGUAAUUGAAGUUUGAUCGGAGGAGUUUGGCCGUCUCAUCGAUCAUUAACGUGGGCACUUGGUUAAUUAUGGAGUGAUCAAGGGAAUAACCGGUAUGACUCCACAGGUUUGCAUAGCACAUACACCGAAUAUGACCCCGGCAAAUGGCACUUGUGUAUGUUGUGUACCUUUAUACAUGUGGCAAACGACAAACACAUACUAUUGCUGCCAAAGAGAAUAUGGUGAGUCGGCAGCGGUAGUGGCGGCUGUGGCCUAAAACCAAUGAAGAUUGAAGACCUUCACUUGCUAACACGAGCCACGAGGUGUGUAUCAGGAAUGUGUACAGUACAGUUUAUGUACACGAUACAAGUACAAGCGGAAAAGGACCGCGGAAAUCACCCCAGCCGAUUGUUUUCGAUAUUUAACAACGGUUCCAAGUGCAUAAAAUUACAACGUGCAAUCACUCUAUAACCACCUGCUAAACAAUUCACCUGUGACAGGAAAAGUGAAAGUUUUUUUUACGCUUUGAAUAAACGCUAGUGAUCGAGUAACUUGAGUACUAACGACAGUGUUAGAGGGAGAUAAAGAGAGAGGACUAGAAAAAAAGCAUAAAAAACAGAGUUGAGUACUUGGUAGGCGUUGCUGCUGUCACUUGGCUUCUUUUGUUUUAUAAAGCCUGUGGAUAUAAACAUGCAAGUUUUCUACGACAAUCAGUUGGUCUGAGCUAGUUGGAUUGUUGGUGAUAAUGUCAUUCAUUUUUCCAGUCAUGUGACGAUAUCUUUGAAUUUAUUGGUAAUUUAUAAUAUUACAUAAUUGGUUGGACUGUGUUCUUUAGUGGAAAAUAAAAAUGUUCACGAAAAAGAAAAAGAAGCCCCAAAUUUCAACGCCCACCAAUUUUGAACAUCGAGUACACACCGGCUUUGACAAACGUGAGGGCAAAUUCGUUGGGCUACCGCUACAAUGGGCUUCAAUUGUCGGUAAUAAUCAGAUACUCAAGUCAACAAACAGACCGCUACCUCUUGUUGAUCCCAGUGAAAUCACACCUACCGAAAUAUUGGACUUGAAAACAAUUGUUCGGGGUCAUAAUGAUCCUAGAUUGCCAACUGGUAAAGGAAUUGUCGACGAAAAAGGGGAGAAUGGUUUACCUAAGACUAGCACCGUUGCAAGAUCCAAUUCAUUGAGGUCUUCUAGUCCACCUCGACUUAGACGAGAUUACAGAAAUAAUACAAAUUUACCGCCAUCGGUACCUGAAGGCCAUGAAAUGUCUCCAAGUCCGAGCAGUUAUCAUCAGCUGUAUUCAUCAUCUGAACCCGGAAAAAAUCAUGGACUUUCUGAUAAAGUGCGUCAGAACACAGAGAACCUUGGAGCUGGACUGAAUUCAAAUAUGCACAGUAUCAUUCCCAAUCUGCAGAACAUGAACCCAAACAUGCAGUCCUCUCCAAAUCUUACUCACUCCAAUCUCAAUCCACCGAAUCUAUCAAUCAAUUUCCAAAAUCUCAGUCCUAUUCCGAAUAAUCAGAAUUCUGCAAAUAGUGUUCAACAGAUAAUGCAGGAAAAUGACUUCCAGAGAAUAAAUCCAUCAUCGUCAAUGAAUUUGCCUGCUCAAUGGAAUAAUGGAAAUAAUCAGGGUGGAUCUGCAGACAUGAUGCUCCAGAAAAUCCCCACAAAAGCGUCGCCGGUUGGUUCGAUAGCUUCUCAACGUCCUCUCAGCCAACUAAGCUCCCACUAUGGGAAUAAACAUACCCAGGGCCUACAAAAUUCCUACAGUCUACCUGAAAAUACAGCAACAUCACCAGCAACUGUUCCAAGCACAGCAACUCCUCCUCAACAUGGACAUUUUGGGAAACCCUUGGAGAACGUUCAAUCACAAUCAAUGCAUAAUCUGUCUAAAGUGACGACAGGGCCAGGAAUCACUCCUGAUCAAAAUCAAAAUUUGAAAUCCGCUACUUCUUCUGGGAACAUAUCUAUCGGUCAGCACAUGAAUUCACAGAACAAGCAAAAUGCAGAUCAAAGACUAACUCACGAGCAAUUCAGAACAGCUCUCCAGAUGGUGGUGAGUCGUGGAGAUCCGCGAGAAAAUUUGGAUAAUUUUUUGAAAAUAGGUGAAGGAAGUACUGGCACUGUUUGCAUAGCGACAGACAAAAAAACCAAUCGCCAAGUUGCAGUGAAGAAAAUGGAUCUUCGAAAACAACAGAGACGUGAAUUGCUAUUCAAUGAGGUCGUUAUAAUGCGAGACUAUCAUCAUCCAAAUAUCGUUGAAAUGUACGACAGCUUUUUGGUUGAUGAUGAACUUUGGGUGGUGAUGGAGUACUUGGAAGGUGGUGCACUCACGGAUAUUGUCACUCAUUCACGUAUGGAUGAGAGUCAAAUAGCAACGGUUUGUUCACAGUGCCUCAAACCACUUGCAUAUCUUCAUUCACAGGGUGUUAUUCAUAGGGACAUCAAAUCUGAUUCAAUUUUACUCACUGCUGAUGGUAGAGUUAAAUUAUCAGACUUUGGAUUCUGCGCUCAAGUUUCUCAAGAGCUACCUAAAAGAAAAUCACUGGUUGGCACACCUUAUUGGAUGAGUCCUGAAGUUAUUUCAAGACUGCCUUAUGGACCCGAGGUAGACAUCUGGUCUUUGGGGAUAAUGAUUAUCGAGAUGGUGGAUGGAGAGCCACCUUUCUUUAAUGAACCACCGUUGCAGGCUAUGAGGCGCAUCAGAGAUAUGCCACCACCGAAAUUGAAAAAUUCUCAUAAGGUGAGUCCAAGGCUCCAAGGCUUCCUCGAACGAAUGCUGGUACGUGAUCCAGCACAACGUGCAACUGCUGCCGAAUUAUUGCAGCAUCCAUUUUUGCGACAAGCACAGAAUCCAACAAUUCUCAUUCCACUAAUGCGAGGUGCUCGACAUACCAACUGUUGAUACACACAAUAUCUGCCCGAUCAUUACAAAUCAUUCAAGUCGUUGCAUUAGGUGCUCGCAUGUGCAUAAAAACUCUCCAUCAUUACCUACACUCCAGUGAACAAAAGUGUAAUAUUUAUAGUGACGAUAUGUCUUAUCGACGCAGUAUUUGCUCAUGACCAACUACACAGAGAUUAGAGUAUUUACACUUUUUCUUACUUAGGCUCGUACGAGAAUAUUUAAUCUAGCGCAAAACAAGUGGACGAGAACUUGGCCCAAAUAUGCUGUGCCUAUGAUCAAAAUAUCGAGAUGUAACAUUCCACUCAUUUCCCAUAUCUUCUAUUUUCUUUUUCAACUUUUCUUGGAGUUGACAAUUUAAUAUUCACUUUAUUCGGAUUUCUACAUCACGAAUGAAACAUUAAGUUUAAGUUUAUACGAACGUUGUUAUAUUUAUGAUUCUUUAUUUAAGUUUACACAACAAGUGCCUUGAAGAAUACGGAAAAAGAUUCCUUCCUGCAAAAUGUGAAUAUUCAUUAUCAAAAUGUAUCAUCGAGCUUAUUGCAGGGAAUCCAAAACCACGAUACCCUCUUUGCAAAAAUAUUAAAAAUCCUAACUCUAGGUUUCAUUAGUAUUUAUAGAUCUAAGAAGACCUCACGUUUUUAUUAUUGUAAAGAAACUAAUUUGUAUAAACAAAUUUAUUGACAUGAUGAACAAAAAGCAGCUGGCAAUCGACUGUUCCUGGAGUAAUCAAGCCUUUCUUACAACUUUACAAAAUAAAUAAAAACGAUAAAUGAUAUAGAA